AUGACUGUAUUAAUUGUAUAUGUUGAUGAUAUAUUGAUCACAGGUGAUGACACAAAUGAAAUCCAAAAUUUGAGUAAAAACCUCUCACAAGAGUUUGAUAUUAAGUCUCUUGGGAGACUAAGGUAUUUUCUUGAUACUGAGUUGGCACACUCGAAACAAGGUAUCUUUAUUUUUCAACAUAAAUAUAUUGUUGAUCUGCUCUAGGAAAUUGGACGACUUGCUUGUAAACCAACAGCCACACCAGUGGAUAUAAAUGUGAAACUUGGAGCAAGACGUGACAGUCCUCCAAUUAAUAAGGAAUCCUUCCAAAGGUUGAUUGGAAAAUUGAUUUAUCUAAAUCAUACUAGACCAGAUGUGGCAUAUGAUGUGAGUUCCUUGAGUCAAUUCAUGAAUGACCCAAGAGAAAUUCACUUACAAGCAACAUAUCGUAUUCUAGUAUAUUUGAAGAAUACUAUAGGACAAGGCCUAUUAUUUUCACAAAGUGAUGAUAGUAUUGUGGAAAUAUAUACAGAAGUAGAUUAUGCAAGAUCAGUAAGUGACAAGAGGUCAACAUCUGGAUAUUGUUCUUUCGUCGGUGGAAAUCUGGUCUCAUGGAGAAGAAGCAAAAGGUGA